ACGAAAACGUGUUUUCUGUUCCUUACCUUCGUAAAUAAUCUUGGCUUUCACCUCGUGUCAACCGUGAUUAUAUUUAUGUAACCCAUAGCAACUAACGCACACCUUACAUUUCUAGAUAUCAAGCACCAAAUUGUUUGAGUUAAUUUCUCAAUUUACUCUUUUAAAAUGCCAUCCAAAUCUUUAAAUAAGAAAGCGAGCACUCAGAUUACAGGAAAUGCAGAUAUGUUGCGAAGGAGAAUGACAAAAAUCAGGCCAUCAUCGGUGAUACUAACAAAAGGUAUAUCAAAACGGAGAUUAAGUGUUUCCAAACAAGCUGGAUCAACAAAGGAUGGUGAUGAUUUAACUGAAACUGGGGAUGCUGAUACAGAAGACUGGAUGCAUAGUAAAACAUUAGUGAAGCCGGAUGACCAACUCUAUUUGACUGAAACUGAACUGAAAGAAGAAUUUACUCGCAUUUUGACAGCCAAUAACCCACAUGCACCACAAAAUAUUGUAAGAUUCAACUUCAAAGAAAGACAGUAUAAACCAAUCUCAACUGUUGAUCAACUGGCUGUCCAUUUCACUCUUGAUGGUAACAUCAUCCAUAAAGAUACCGAUGAGGCAAGGCGACAACUUACGCGAAUGAAUGUUCCAGAUGCUGUGGUUCCUGAAACUGCUGUUAAUGAAGAAGAUAAAUCUACACCAGAAGGAAAUGAAAGUGUUGAAGGAGAUUCUGCCAAAGAGAAUUUUGAGGUGGUAACACCAGAAGAACCUGUAGCAUCACCAGCAAAAGGAAAAUUGACAAACCAGUUUAAUUUCAGUGAAAGAGCUUCUCAAACCUAUAACAAUCCGAUGCGGGAUGCUGGAACUAUGACAGAACCACCACCAAAAGUCAGAUUUUCAUCAAAUGUUAGCCAGUGGGAAAUAUUUGAUGCUUAUAUUGAAGAUUUUGAAAAACAGCAAGAGAAAAAGGAAAAAGAGAAGAAAGGUUAUUCUGGAAAGAAAGAAGAACAAGUCAAGAAAAAACUAACUAAUAUUGAAUCAACAACUGAUGACAUUUCCUCUGUAAGUAAAGCAGCUAUGAUAAUAGAGAGAAUGGUAAAUCAGAACACUUAUGAUGAUAUUGCUCAAGAUUUCAAAUAUUGGGAAGAUGGUUCAGAUGAAUUCCGUGAUCUUGAAGGAACUCUUUUACCAUUAUGGAAAUUUUCUUUUGAUAAAGCCAAGCACUUGACAGUAACUUCUCUUUGUUGGAAUCCCAAAUACAAAGACUUAUUUGCUGUGUCUUUUGGAUCAUAUGACUUUGGAAAUCAAUAUAAUGGAAUGAUAUUGCUUUACUCAUUGAAGAAUCCAUCUUAUCCCAAAUACUAUACUUCAACUGAUUGUGGUGUAAUGUGUCUUGACAUCCACCCUGUCUACUGUUACAUGCUUUGUGCUGGAUUAUAUGAUGGCAGUGUGGCAGUCUAUAAUUUUUGCAACAGAGAACCAUUACUCCAGAGAUGUACGGCAAAGAAUGGGAAGCAUCUCGGUCCAGUGUGGGAGGUAAGAUGGCAGAAAGACAAUUUGGAAGGCAAUGCACUGUUUUACUCCAUUUCUUCUGAUGGCAGAAUAGUUGAAUGGAUUAUUGUCAAAAAUGAAUUGCUUCCUCAAGAAAUAAUAAAAAUGCCAUUACCUGAUGGACCAGCUGAAGGUCCAGAUGGAACUAAACUUAUCUUAUAUGGUUGUGGUACAACAUUUGACUUCCAUCGUGAAAUCAACUACCUCUACAUAGUUGGUACUGAAGAAGGCCAUGUCCAUUCUUGUUCUAAGGCUUAUUCCACUGAAGUGAUGAGCACAAUUAAAGCUCACCAUAUGUCUGUAUAUAAGAUUGCUUGGAAUAAGUAUCAUCCAAAGAUAUUCAUCACCUGCAGUGCGGAUUGGACUGUGAAAAUCUGGGAACAUGGUUUGCAAACCAAAAAUGCUCUGUUUACCUUUGACUUGAACAGUUCUGUUGGUGAUGUUGCAUGGGCUCCUUAUUCUUCGACUGUUUUUGCUGCAGUUACUGAUACUGGCAAAGUUUUUGUUUAUGACUUGAGUUUGAACAAAUAUGACCAUUUGUGUAGUCAAGUCAUAGUACAGAAAAAAAGGACUAAACUAACUCAUAUUGCUUUCAAUAAUGAGGACCCUGUAAUCAUUGUCGGUGAUGACAGGGGUGAUGUGACCUGUCUAAAACUAUCCCCAAACCUAAGAAAGCUACCAAAAAUCAGCAAUACACUCUUUGGUGCCAAGGACAAGCAGCAACCAGACAAGGAGGAUAAAGAACAAGGGGGCAGCAAACCUGCUCCUUACACUAAAAUGCAGAAGAAUGCAGAAAAAAAAGGUCAGCCAGCAUUAGAUAAAAAUACAAGAAGGCAGCAAGAGAUAACCAAACUGGAGAAGGUUUUGAAUUCUGUCAGAGAAUCCGCCUAGUUCCUUAAUAACAAAUACAGUGAAUGCUGAUGAAGAGAGGCAUUAUUUCUGCAAACUGAGUUCAGUUCAUACCCUGGUUAGAGCAAUUUCCAUUCUAUGUUGUCAGUGUCAUUGAAGAACACAUGACCAUCACAUAAUCAUGUUUGUUUCUUUUCCUUAAAAUAUAUGAAGUCUUAUGUUUAUUCAGUAUUGUUUUCUUGAGUAUCAGAUGAACAAUGUUGUAAAAUUUAUUCUGGUUUUUACAUUCUGAAAUUAACUCUCAUCAAGGCCAACUUUGCUUUCCAACCUUCUAGAGUUAAUAAAAUAUAGUACUUGUCAAGAAUCGGGGUCAAUGGCAUCAAUUUACACCUUCCCAUUGAAUUUCAGGCUUUGAAACAAUUACGUUGCAAAUAAAAUUUAUCAAUGUCAGGCAUAUCAUAUUGAUUACACAACUGUACUAAACUCAUAAUAUAAUAAUACACAUAUGAAGGUGGCAAGCUGGCAGAAUCAUAAGUUUCCCAGCCAAAAUGUUUCAAGGCAUUUCAUCUGUAUUUAUGUUCUGAGUCCAAAUUCUGCCGAAGUUGACUUUGUCUUUCAUCUUUUUGGGGUCAAUGAAAUGAGUACCCAUUGAACACUAGUCAAUGUAAUCAACUAAGUCACAUCCCCCAAAAUUUCAGGCCUUGUGCCUAUUGUAGAAAUAAACAUUAUUAUUAGAAUAGUGAUUGGUAGAAUUGCUAAUAUAUUGGACUGAAUGCCUUGCAGCAUUCACUCCAUUUCUUUAUGUUCUGAGUUAAAAUCCUACCAUGGUCAACUUUGUCUUUCAUUCUUUUGGUGUUGAUAAGAUAUAAUACUAGUCAAGUACUGGAAUUGAUGUAACAAACUAAUUCUUCCCUUAGAAUUCCUUGCCUUGUACCUAAAUAAGGAAACCAACCAUUAUAAUUAUUAUUAUUAUUAUUAUUAUUAUGCUAAUUUGUGUCUGGCUGUUUUGUUGGUGUGUUACACUUCCGCCUAAGUAGGUAAUAACUUGAAUGAAGAAAUAUAUAGAGAAGGGGAAGGAGAGAAAACAAUGAGAGGGAAAGAGAGAAAGAAAGAGGAAGGAGGUCUAUAUUAUUUUGCAUUUGUCAGGUUCAAAUCAUAGGCACAGUUGAAAUGUUUAACAUAAUGUAACAAUAUUAUGAAGAUCUAAAAAUCAUGCAUUAAGAGAUCUAUCGACAGUUAUAUUAAACUGAAAUAAAUAAAUAGUAAGCAAAUAGCUGUGAAUGUUACACUAUUAUCUUUUGUGCAUUCCAGACCAAAAGCUGUGGCCAUACUGGGGCACUAUCAUUAUUCUUUUUAUUAUUAGGUUUAGACACUUAUCUGCAUUGUGAGAGUAGACAGAUACAUACAUUGCAAAAUGAAAAGUAAAUAUAAUUAGCUAGCAAGAUAGGUAGGUACAUAGGUGAGUCUAUUGAUAUAUCAAUAUAUAUAUGCAGACAGAGAGAUAUAUUAAUAGAUAUAUGGAUAGGUAGCUAAACUGAAAUGAAAUGAAACUAAUAUCAAUUGGUAAAUAACUUGAACUGAGGCUUGGUCAUAGUUGGACAGUGAAAAGUAUAUUUUUUUUUUAAUAAAUAUGAAUAAGUUUUGCCAUUUUAAUUCAUCAUUUAUUUCUUUAACCCUUUAGCAUUUAAUCCAGCCAGACUAUUCCUCCUGUUCAGUGUUAAAAUUGUUCAUAUCCAGCCUUUCACACCUACCCAACAAUGUUAUUCUAAAAACAUAUAAACCCACAGUUGAAAUUAUGAAGCUAGAAGAUAAUGUAUGAUUGAUUCAAAACAAAGGAAAUAAAUAGAGAAUACAUUUGACAAAGAAAUCUGAAUGCUAAAGGGUUAAGUUAGAAGCACCUCAUAAAAGAAGGUAAAUAAGCAAUAUCUUCUAAAUUCAUUCAAUUACAUUUAAAAGUACAGUUUUUGAUUAAAAGGCAGGAUUUCAACUUUUUUCUUUUGAAAUUUUUCACUUGUGUUUAAUAUAUUAACAUAAAGUCUUCUAAUAUGCUGAAUUUCCACAGGUCCUGCUAGUUAUUGUUUAAGGCAGUAAAGGAGGCAAGUUGACAGAAUAGUUAUCAUGCCAUGUGAAAUGCUUAGCAGUCUUCGUGCUCUGAGUUCAAAUUCCACUGGGGUCGACUUUACCCUUCAUCCCUUCGGGAUCAAUGAAAUAAGUACCAGCUGAGCACUGGGGUUGGUGUAAACGACUAUCCCCACCCCCAAAUUUUAGGCCUUGUGCCUAUAGUAGAAAGGGUUAUUAUGAUUAUUUAUCCUUGUAAUGUCCUCCUUAUCUGAUGCCUCUGUGGUAAAUAAAAGGAAUUGUUAUCAUCAUAAUCUAUGCACUACAAGGAGAAUGAAUAGAGUCAGCUGCUUAGAGCAACAGCUGGUGAGAGAACAGGUGAUUAUAUCAAUCCUGGUACUUAUUUUAUUACCUUUAGACGGAAGAAAGCAAACUCGUCUUUGACAUAAACAUAACUUAAGAUCAUACUAUCUUUCUGUUUCCUAAUAUUUUUUUCUACUCUAAGCACAAGGCAUGAAAUUUUGGGGGAAGGGGCAGUUGAUUAGAUUGACCCCAGUACGCAACUGGUACUUAAUUUAUUGACACCAAAAGGAUGAAAGGCAAAGUCGACCUGAUAUUGAUACUAUGUUUGUUCGAUAAAAUUCCAUAGUUUGCUUAUGUAAUUCUCUUGUUAUUACAAAUAAAAAAAACUAUGGUGUAAUUAAUAUAUGGAAUUUUGGUUAUAUUAGAUUUGUAACUAUGACUUUCAUAUUUCAUGUGAUCUUCCUUCCAUAAAUUAAUGAUCUUCUCAUUAUCACUUCUUAGUACACAUUCUCUUUAUACACAAGAGAUCAUCCUUUAUUCCUACUUAACCUUCUGUACAGAAAUAAUCUUCACAGCUCACUUCAGACUUGCAGUGUUUUCAAAAAACAUCCACCAAUAAGGAUAUGGCAACCUACUGCCUUUCAACUACACCAAGGACAGCCACUACACUUAUCAAAGAAAUAAUCACACAACACAUGCACUGCUCAUGAGCAAUAGAUAGCUACUACUUUUGGUAAUUUGAAAAGCCACUACAAGGUCAGUCAACCUGCUAAAAUAGUAGUUAAAUCUUUCUGAAAUCACACAUAUUCAUCUUCAAGAAGGAAAAAUCGCAUUAAACCACAUAGUUCUAGUGACCCCUAAAAUAACAGGAUAGUGAUGGCUGGAAUACUUUUUGUUAUAGUUCUGCUUAAUCAGAGUUCAUUUGUGACUAAACAACAGCAGCAGCAGCCACUGCCACCACCACCACCAUCUAUGGUAAACACACAGGUAUAAU